GGAAGAUGACAAUUAGCCGGAGCGGAGAGGGCGGCUAAAUAGCCAGGGGUACACUUGUUGCUGAGCCCGCCAUCGGCGAGUGGUGGGGAGCCAAUGGGGUUAGAGGGGGCGUGGCCUAUCUCAACCUCUCCUCGGCUCGGGGCCAGGCCGGCCACACCAUGAGCGAGGGGCACAUCAAGCGGCCGAUGAACGCCUUUAUGGUCUGGUCCAGGGGCCAGAGGCGGAAGAUGGCACAGGAGAACCCGAAGAUGCACAACUCGGAGAUAUCCAAGAGGUUAGGAGCUGAGUGGAAGCUUCUCACCGAGGCGGAGAAGAGGCCAUUCAUCGAUGAGGCCAAAAGGCUCAGGGGACAGGAUGCGUGCAAAACAGAAAAGGGAAGGUAA